CACCUUUAAAUGAACAUGUUCAGUUGUUGUUUUUGUUUGGACAUACAACCAAGUGUUGCACAUUAUUCUCUUCAUUUUAUUCAGGGUGAUUAUGUUGUGGAGAAAAUAGAACCAGUUGUGACAGCAGAGGAAUUUGACCGUAUUGUGGCACCAGUUUUGUUAGAAUACUUUGACCACAGCAUAACAAAAGAAGUUGAGACUAGUUUAGAGGAAAUGAACAUCUCAAAGAUGAAGCCGAGGAUAGUCGAGUUAGCAGUGAGUUUGGCGUUAGAUCGCAAAGCAUGCCACCGUGAACUUGUGUCCAUUCUCAUCUCAGACUUGUAUAGUAGAGUUUUAACAGCAAAAGACAUACAGAAAGGCUUUGAUAAUUUGCUCAACACGCUUGCAGAUCUUGUUAUUGACUCACCUGAGGCUCCAAAGGUACUUGGCAUGUUCCUUGCUCGAGCUGUUGCAGACGAUUGUUUGCCACCAAAAUAUAUCCAGACAUAUAAAGGUUCAGUAGAUAAUGAAGCUAAACAAGAAGCCCUGGAGAAGGCGGAGCUUCUUCUCAGUCAGAAACAUGGCAUUGUCCGAUUGGACAACAUCUGGGGCACAGGCGGCGGUAUCAGACCUGUCAAAUAUUUAAUCAAACAGAUGGUGUUAUUACUGAAGGAAUACCUGUCAUCCAGUGAUAUCAAGGAGGCAACACGUUGUUUGCAGGAGUUAGAAGUACCUCAUUUCCAUCAUGAACUAGUCUAUGAGGCCACAGUGAUGGUGAUAGAGGAUGGCACAGAGAGAUCUGCUGAAAGAAUGAUGAACUUUCUUCUGUCACUUAGUGAGGCGUGUAUCAUCACUCCGGAACAAAUGUCUCAGGGAUUUAAGCGAGUGUUUGAUAACAUGCCAGAUAUCAAUUUAGACGUCCCAAAUGCUUAUGUGAUACUAGAAAGGUUUGGUGAGAUGUGUCACCGUGAUAGCGUCAUGUCUGCACAAACCUACCGAGAUCUUCCUAGAGGGGGCCGAAAACGAUUUGUCUCUGAGGGCGAUGGCGGGCGAAUAAAACCAGCUGUUCUGUGAUUUACCUCUUUCAAAAUGGCUGCCUUGGACAGGUCACAUGAUGGCAGGUCAUGUGACUGCAAUAUCUGACAUGAUUGGUUAUGGGCAUUUCAAGCUAGUGCAGGAAAAUACCUGUUGUAAAACAAUAGUAGAAAUGGAAUCAUGUUGGUGAAAGUGCAGCUUACACCUAGACAUUGUGUAAAUAUAUUGUGUAACUCUGGUGCAGACAAAUGAAUUAUGUGAAUAAACAAUUCACUUUGUUGUUUUCUGUGAGAUUAGUGUGUAUGAAUUGUGAUUUUUUUUUUGUAAAAUAGAUUCUUAAUUGGCAAUUUUUGUUUUUAUUUUUGUUACUGGUUUUACAUGUUGUAGAAUGAACAUUUAACAAAUUUCUAGUGCAUCAAAGUGCUCUCGUAUUAAUUUUUGAUUGGUGGAUUUCUUAGUGCUGCAGAUUUUUUUUGCAAAAACCAUGUUUAAAAUUUGAAAAAUCUGUGAUGUAAUAUGUAGCCUGUGUUCAGAUACUGACUUGCUGUAAUUAUUGGUAAAUAAUGUUCAAUAUGUACAAAUUUUAGUUUAACAAAACAUAACAGACAGUUUUGUUUUAAAGUGAAAAUUGUAGUUUUUUAGCUCGACUAUUCAAAGAAUAGUGAGCUAUUGGACUCACCCAUGCGUCAGUGUCGGCGUCUGCGUCGGCGUCCCGAUUUGGUUAAGGUUUUGUAUGUAAGCUGGUAUCUCAGUAACCACUUGUGGGAAUGGAUUGAAACUUCACACACUUAUUCACAGUGAUAAACUGACCUACACUGCACAGGUUCCAUAACUCUGUUUUGCUUUUUUACAAAAUUAUGCCCCUUUUUCGAUUUAGAAAUUCUUGGUAAAGGUUUUGUAUGUAAGCUGGUAUCUCAGUAACCACUUGUGGGAAUGGAUUGAAACUUCACACACUUAUUCACUGUGAUAAACUGACCUACAUUGCACAGGUUCCAUAACUCUAUUUUUCGUUUUUACAAAAUUAUGCCCCUUUUUCGACUUAGAAAUUCUUGGUUAAGGUUUUGUAUGUAAGCUGGUAUCUCAGUGAUCACUUGUGGGAAUGGAUUGAAACUUCACACACUUAUUCACUGUGAUAAACUGGCCUACAUGGCACAGGUUCCAUAACUCUAUUUUGUUUUUUUACAAAAUUAUGCCCCUUUUUCGACUUAGAAAUUCUUGGUUAAGGUUUUGUAUGUAAGCUGGUAUCUCAGUACCCACAAAUGGGAAUGUAUUGAAACUUCACACACUUGUUCACUGUCAUAAUUUGACAUGCACUGUGCAGGUCCCAUAACUCUACUUUGCAUUUUUUCAAAAUUAUGCCCCUUUUUCUGACUUAGCAGUUUUUGGUUAAGUUUUUUGUAUGUAAGCUGGUUUCUCAGUAUCCACUAAUGGGAAUGGAUUGAAACUUUUCACACUUGUUAACUGUCAUGAGCUGAUAAGCACUGUGAAGGUUCCAUAACUCUUUUUCCCAUUUUUACAGAAUUAUGCCCCGACUUUUAUAUUCAUUCAAUUGACAAGGCUGUUGAAUAGUCGAGCGUUGCUGUCCUCCGACAGCUCUUGUUUAUAGACAAAAUUUGUUCAUCUCUGCCCAUGACAAUGUUAUAAUUCCGUUUUUUGGCCUAUCUUUAUGCAAUGUUGUUAGAGGUUUCAUCAUUUCAUACAUAGGAUAAAUGCAUUAUGUUAAUUCUGCUGUUCUGAUUGAAAUACACAGAUACCAAGGUUGUCAGUUUUGGCAGGGAACAGUGAUGAUAUAAAUUUUUAUACAUGCUUUUUUGAUUAAAUUAGAAAUAACUACAUAAUAUUUGGUUUCUGUUGAAAGUUUCCUAGAAACAUGUUUAUGUGUAUAUUGAGUUGUAUCGCGUUUAUUUAUUAGCAUACACAUUUUCUGUGUUGGCCCUCAUACUUCUCCAUUUUUGCUUUAUUUGCAUAUCUUUCUGCUGAAUGUGUAUUUUUUUUUACAUAUUUAUUUAAAUAAAGAUUUUGUAAUUUUCUUAAACAGAGCAGAUUUUGCAUUUAAGUUAGAAUACACCCCUUGGUUGUAUAGACCCAAGCUAGUUUGGUACUUGUAAUUGUCAAUUACUGUGAAAUCAUACAUAUACGCAGGGCAAAAAGUUUCCAAAACUUAAACUUGUUUCGCAUGGUCGAGUAUUUGCAAUAAAUGGCAUACUUGUGAACUUUGUACAACUAUUUUUAGAUGAAGAUAAGAUUAUGAUAAUAUGUAGAAUGUAAGACUCUGUCAAAUAUGCAUCAUUUUUCACUUCUUUUAUGUAUUGGGAAGUUGUCAGUUAUUUGUUUAAAAUAGUUAAUUGGAAUUGGGAGUUAUGUAAAACUUUGUCACUUAUUUCACUGAUGUUUGAAUGCGGACAGAAGACCUGUAUUUUGACUGUACGUAUGUAAUUCGUACUAGCUUUCUUGUUCGGGAAACCUGUCUAAAUGGGAAGCCCAGAAGAGCAGAAACACCUCCAAACCGAAUAAUUGUUUAAACCCCUUAGAACUUGCUCCAACGGAUGUCUGUGGUUGAGGGGUUCAGUAUACUGCUUCUGUUGUUUAAAUCUCAGUAUUACACAUUUUGUUCAGUUAUAUUUUGUGUACAUUUUUUAAGGCAAGAAUUAUUUUGUUAUUCAUGCUGUUUUUGAUUUGAAAAAAAAAGUUUUUCUAUUAAUUGAAAUGUGUUGUACUGUUUCAGUCUUUUAUAGGAGAUAGAAACAAGCAGAUUUGUAAAGUAUUUUGUGUGACUUUCAUAAAUUGAACUUUUCUAUAGAAAUGCUACAUAUACAUAUGUGAAAAAUGUUGAGAAAUACUAAGAUUGAAAGCCCUAUAUUUCGUGUACCUUAAUGUCAGUGUCUUAAUUCUCCAGUGUACUGUAAGAAAUGGAAGUCUUUGAUUUUGAAUUGCCAAAAUUACAGAUUAUACUGUAACUUCAUACCCACUGGCUUAGCUCAGUAGUGAGAGCGCCAAUCUAUGGAUUGUAGGGUCAUGAGUUCGAUCAUCGGGUGGGCCGUAUCUUCUCCGUGCAAAGUUGAAGCAAUUCUAAAAGACAAAGACUAAAUUUUUCUAAUAAAAAAUGGACAUUAUUGACUAUUGCCUAGACUGCACGCCAAUAGUUGAUAUAUAGAUUGUGUUCACACUUUUAAAGUCCACUACUCUACUUCAAAUAAAAAUGAAAAAAAAUUA